UGUUCUCCAUAGUGCCAUCGCGAUGAAAAUCCUUUCCCGAGAACAUUUCAAGGGGGGAACCGUUUCAAACUCAAUUUUUCAUUGUGGAUUAAUGUUCAUCGGAAUCAUAAUACUACAAGCUUGGCCGAAUGAAGGCAUCUCACAGUCAGAUACAAUGGUGUAUGAACCAGUCGGCUGUUUCAAUGAUAAAAAGGAUCCACGCGCUCUACCAAGAUUUGUCAAACGGUACUCUGUCAACGAGACAGAUUUGGCCAAUUCACUCGCAUCCAUAAUUCAGAAGUGUGCUACUGAAGCCCAUAAGAAAGGCUUCUGGUACUUUGGCGUGGAAUAUCGCCACGAGUGCUGGAGUGGAGUGAACGGUAACAUGACCUACAACAUACAUGGGCCAACCGGCAAAUGUUUGCUGAAUUAUGGCGUGGGAGGUGCCUGGACCAUAUUUGUUUACCGCUUUGUUGAAGUGAAUGGCUGUUGGAGCCAGUGGUCCUCAUGGAAUCCAUGCAGUGUGACAUGUGGAAGGGGACACAGGAUACGUACUCGCACAUGCUCUAAUCCAGCGCCAAAAUGGAACGGAAAGGACUGCCCCGGGACAAACAUCUACACAGAGAGCUGCAAUUUGCACCAAUGUAAAGAUACAAAAGUACUGCCUCCGUAUGAACCAGUCGGUUGUUUCAAAGAUAAAAGUUAUCCGCGCGCUCUUCCAAGAUUAAUCAAAAUCUACCAUGUUAACCAGACAGGCUUGGCCAAGUCACUCGCAGCCAUAAUUCAGAAGUGUGCUACUAAAGUCUAUAAGAAAGGCUUUCGGUAUUUUGGCGUGGAAUAUCGCGACGAGUGUUGGAGUGGACUGAACGGUAGUAUGACUUACAACAGACAUGGGCGAUCCGACAAUUGUUUAUGGAAUUAUUACGUGGGAGAUGUAUGGACCAUAUUUGUUUACCGCUUUGUUGAAGGUAAGUUACCAGUUGAUCACUUCACAGGGAAUUUGGCUCUCUGGCAAGAAGUCUGAGAGUCUGGGAACUUGUCAUGGAUGCGUAAGAGCAUACCGUAUAAUGGUUCCCAUGCUUCUGCACAUGAAGAUUAAAACGCUGUUUCAUAGGUUAAGUUAGCUUGUAUUGUUGAUCGAUCAGAAAAAUUCUAAUAAGAAUUUUCUUGAGAUCUGAUUUAAAACAAAUUUAAACCCUUACAUUUAGCUAACUAAUAAUUAUGUAGGAUGAUUAGCGUUUGGUUCCUCAUCCAACUGUUCUAAAUGUUAGUUUCCAUUAGGUCUGAACAUUUGUUAUCUGGUAUUGAGCACCUGCCUCGACAAAGCCCUUGGCUUCUCCAGUCCAUUGGAUUUUAUUACCAUACACCUUUUUUGUCGUGAACCGUGAAGUUUUUUUUUUGUAGAAAGACACCGUUUUCCAACGCCGUUUCAGAGCAUAAGCCGCUCAAGUUUUAUCAGUUCAAAACUUCAGUAGUUUAUACACUUUUUAAAGCUUUCACAUCAUGGACGGUUUCUCCUAAUCAUCAGUGAAUGGUAGCUGGAACCAGUGGUCGUCAUGGCAACCAUGCAGUGUGACGUGUGUGUUAAAAUAAACCAACCGAGCCACAACUAUCUAGGACUUUUUAAUCUAAACUGAACACACUACUCGUGUACAUCGUCAUAUAGGAUCAAAAACCUAGUCGAACAACAACAACAUGGCGGGAACUUGAAGCGUGCAUUAAAGAGAAUCAACCAAUCAGCUUCUGUUGUAACGCAUACAUUAUCAUAAAUAUUUCAACACUCCCACUUGAUAAUAUGCUGUUACAAUAACAAAAU